UCUUCCAUCAGCAAAAUCAUCAAAGACAACCAGCCGGAUUUCCAACCAUAUGAAGAAAUAUGUACAGUGGCCUCCCAACUUUGGCUUCAAGACAGCUGCUGAUCACCGCAAUCCUUCAGACAAACAUUUUCACCGACACCCCGAACUAUCGUUCCAGGAGAAGGAAACAGCUGCUCGAAUUUCCCACGAGCUAGGAAAGUUGGGCAACUUCGAAAUCCAAUCUGGCAUUGGCGGUCACGGUGUAGCUGCGGUCCUGAAAAAUGGCCCUGGAAAGUCCAUCCUCCUUCGGGCAGACAUCGACGGCUUACCAGUAGAGGAGAAGACCAACGUUCCCUACGCUAGCAAGGAAAGAAUGAAAGACGAUGCCGACGGCGUCGAAAAACCGACUAUGCAUGCCUGCGGCCAUGAUGUUCAUAUCACGGCUCUAUUGAUGGCAGCAGAGACAUUGUCAAAAGCCCAAUCAGAAUGGAAAGGUACCCUCAUCCUCGUCUUCCAGCCCGCGGAAGAGCGCGCCGGGGGAGCACGAGCCAUGAUUGCCGACGGUCUCUACGACAAAGUCCCCUCCCCAGACGUUGUAGUGGGCGGGCACGUCGUCCCCUUCCGCGAAGGCGUCAUCGGGACCAAACAUGGAUUGAUCGCCUCAGCAGCUGAUUCCUUUGACCUCCACAUUGAGGGGCGGCAAGCGCACGCCUCGACUCCACACGUGGGCAUCGACCCUAUUGUGCAAGCCGCUUCCACCAUUCUACGCCUCCAGACCAUUGUCUCGCGAGAAGUCGAUCCUUCGGAUUUCGGCGUCGUCACCGUCUCCUCGAUCCAUUCUGGCGAUGCUGUGAACAUCAUCCCGCAAUCCGCAGACGUCAAACUCAACGUGCGCACAGGUGUGCCUCUAACACGCGAACGUGUUCUGAAGUCCAUCUCGCGCAUCAUCAGCGCAGAAGCGCAGGCUUCAAAUGCCCCCAUUGAACCUACCCUCACACCCACCAUCAACUUUCCCUUUCUAUACAACGAUGCUACCGUGACAGCCGCCCUCGAACAGACUUUCGCUGCGCACUUUGGCGACGAAUAUUCGGAUAACAUCCCACGCUUACAGGGCUCCGAGGACUUUGGUAUUCUGGCGACUGCUAUUGAGAAGCCGAGCUGUUUCUUCUUGUACGGUGGUGUGGAGAAAGGGUUGUAUGAUAAGCUUGUAGAGGAAGGGAGGGGGAAUGAGAUCCCAGGAAAUCACAGCCCGCACUUUUUGCCGACCGUGGACAGUGUGAGGGUGGGAUGUGAGGCUUAUGUUGUUUCUGCGUUGACAUUCAUGGGUAAAGGCGAGGAGGGAAGUUGA